AUGGUACACGGAAAGAAACUUGUCAUUGAUGCAAAGGGUCAUAUAGUCGGAAGACUAGCUGCCUACGUAGCUAAGUCGCUAAGAGAGGGAUACAGCGUAGUUCUGUUGAGGGCUGAAGGAACCAUCUUUUCCUCGCCCAUUGAUAGAAUGGUAAGUAUAUAUAAAGACAAAAAGAGAAAGAGAUGCCUUGUCAACCCAAAGAAGGGGCCAUUCCACUACAAGGAGCCAUCAAAGUGCCUCAAGAGAGUAGUCCGAGGGAUGCUUAACUACAAGGGAGCCAGAGGAGCUGAAGACUACGCCAGACUGAAGGUGUACGAUGGGAUUCCCAUGGAGUACGAGCUGGUAGAGAGAGUCGUUGUAACUCAGGCACUAGCAGAGACAAAGCUAAACCCAGUGACAAAGACAAGCACAAUGGGCCAGCUGUGCGAGCGCAUGGGAUGGACCAGUGCAGGGCUUCUGGAGAAGUUUGAAAGCGAGAGACUGAAGAGAGUCGCAGUUGCCGAGAAAGAAAAGGAAAUGAAAAACCAAAAGAAGAGCGAUCUUGUCUCCAGCGAUGCAUUCAAAAGGGAACUAGAUAGCAUUCUUGCCAAUAUCGAAUAA